GUUUUUCUUGCAUAAAAAAAAAAAAAUACCGUUAAAUUAAAUAUAAGUUUUUUCUUUCUCCCUGCAAAACCGUAAACGCUUCGUUGUGAGAAUCAGGAAAUGGACGCAACAUCGGAAGCUAUGAAUCAAUUCGAUGAAUCGAUGAAGAAACAAAUAGCAUUACUUUUGAAGGUUGUACUUUUAAAUAAAUCAUUGAAAGAGGAUAAUGUUCCUUGCGAAAUUGAUGAGGGUCUCUAUUUGGGUUCGGUUGGUUCUGCGGCGAACAAGGUUGCUUUGAAAAAUGUUAAUGUUACUCAUAUUUUGACUGUGGCUGGGAAGAUUGCACCUGCUCAUCCUGCGGAUUUCGUCUAUAAAGUUAUAGAUGUUGCUGACAAAGAGGAUACAAACUUAAAACAAUACUUCAACGAGUGUUUUGAUUUUAUUGACGAAGCCAAAAGAAAUGGUGGAUAUGUUUUGGUUCACUGUUAUGCUGGAAGAUCAAGGAGUGUGACUAUCAUUGUGGCAUAUCUGAUGAAGUCUCGUGGAAUGAGCUUAUCUGAAGCUCUGGAACAUGUAAAGAAUAAAAGACCACGAGCAGCUCCAAAUCGCGGUUUCAUUCGUCAGCUGGAAGACUUUGAGAAAUCUCUUCAAGUGGAUAGUGCUCAGUAUAUACCCAAGCUGGGAGUUUAUUAAAAUAACAACUAAUAUGAAAGAAAGGGAGCAAGUUUUAUGUGUUGUAAAUAUAUUGGUGCAUUCUAAUGGUGAACUUAUUGAAGGACCAACUUUAUAGAUCUAAAGACAAGCUAAAAUACACAGUUGGAGUUGCUUUGUGUGUUUCUUUCUUGAGUAGCUUCUAGUUUUAUUUCCAUGGUGCUGUAGCUUCCUUUCUUUCAUUCAAAUUCAAAACU